GACUCAGUAAGAAACGAGUACCCUGAAGGCCUGAAAAGGACGGACAGUGGUAGUGAAAGCAGCAGUUACAAAGUACCAAAACCUGUAUAAGUUGAAGGUCAAUAAUUAUCAUCAGCUAUGAAUUUCCUGCAACUCCUUUGGUUUGCAAACAAAUUCUGAAAGGACAACAGAUGAGAUCUCGAGCCGGAUUCACCUACCCCAAGACUAGGAUAAAUUUUCCUUGAGGAAACAAAAACAAUUGCCAAAUAUAAACAAGUAUGUACAGAUUAGGAGAGGAAUACGGCUCCUAUCAUAAAUACCUCAGACUUGCUCUGAAGAUAGACAUAUAUUUGUCAUCAUCACCAACCUAGCAUCAACUCCCUCAUUAGAGAAAUGGCAUCAUCGAAACCAGCCAGCUGCUUUUCCCCCUCUGAUCAAUCAAGCCGCAGUCAACGCACCACUGAUAAUGAUUCAGUCAUUGAAGUCCCGGAAGACUAUGUUAUCCCAAAUCAGGAAUCUGCAAUCUCUGAUGGGACUAUCCUUGCCGCAAUCCCCACCAUUGACAUGACACAAUGGGUCCUAAUCAAUCAGUCCGCAAACAAUGAUGAACUUGAGAAGUUGCACUCAGCUUGCAAAGAAUGGGGAUUUUUUCAGUUGGUCAACCAUGGAGUUAGCUCCGAACUGCUGGACAAAGUGAAUCAAGAAUUAGAGAAAUUUUUCAAGCUUCCCUUGGAAGAGAAAAUGAGAUACAAAGUAAGGCCAGGUGAUGUUGAAGGCUAUGGAAUUUUCAUCAAAUCCCAAGAUCCAAAACUAGAGUGGGGUAUCAGAUUCUUCAUGAUUACCAACCCUAUUGAUAGAAGGAAACCCCAUCUUUUCCCAGAGCUCCCUACAUCCCUGAGGAAUACCUUAGAGAGCUUCAUGUCGGAAUUACAAAGGAUUGCCCAGACCCUUUUAGGGUUGAUGGCAAAACUUCUAAAGGUGAAGAUGGAGGAGAUGGAAGAGUUGUUUGAAGAUGGUCUGCAGACAGUGAGGAUGAGUCACUAUCCUCCAUGCCCAAACCCUGAGCUAGUUGUUGGCAUCAAGCCUCAUUCUGAUGGUAGUGGCAUCACGAUUGUGCACCAGGCUAAUGAAGUUCAAGGCCUUCAAAUUAGAAAAGAUGAGGUUUGGUUGCCUGUGUGCUUAGAUCAUGAUGCCUUUGUUGUCAAUCUUGGAGACAUUCUAGAGAUACUGACCAAUGGGAUUUAUAAAAGCGUGGAGCACAGAGUAACUGUGAACUCAGAAAAAGAAAGGAUUUCAAUUGCUAUGUUCUUCAUGCCCAGACCUGGGACAGAAAUUGGACCGCUGACAUCCCUGAGAGAUCCUCAGAAGCCACCAUCUUCUGGAAAUACAGGGAUGGAAAAAUUUGUCAAGAAGUAGCUCUCUCAUUAUUUCUGUAUUAAUGGAAUAACACCAUUGGAACAGACCAGAGCAAAAGACGGAGAAGAUAAUA